UCCGGUUCCGGGAAGAAUGAAAGAAGUAGCAGGUAUGGAGUCAGAAACAAAGCAAAGCGGUCUUUCUCGAGCAGAGAGAAAAGCUCUUGAAAAAGCUAAACUCGUCCAGAAAGAGACGCAGAGAAAUAAUUUUAAACUGGUGGCUAGGAUAUUAAAGAAACCUGAAUGUGAGCGAACUGAAGAGGAGCGUGCUUUACUGCAGGGACAUCAAGACACCGUGCAAGAGCUGAGCAAGCGCCAGGUUCGGACAAACCUCCUGAAACGGAAACAGGAAGAGGUCUUUGAUGAUGAGGAGGAUCUGAGGAGUAAAGUUAAGCAGCUGGCCGAGGCGAUGGGUCAGGCUCGCCAUGUUGUCGUCUACACAGGAGCCGGGAUCAGUACGGCUGCUUCCAUCCCGGAUUACCGCGGGCCGAAUGGAGUGUGGACCCAGCUGCAGAAGGGGCACGCUAUCAGGCACUCGGACCUCAGCGAAGCAGAACCGACUCUGACUCACAUGUGUAUCCGGAUGUUACACAAAGUCAAAAUGGUUCAGCAUGUGGUCUCUCAAAACUGCGAUGGUCUUCACUUGCGUAGCGGGCUCCCCAGACACGCCCUGUCUGAGCUGCAUGGGAACAUGUUCAUCGAGGUGUGUGUGUCGUGCUCUCCGGUUCGCGAGGUGAUCCGUCUGUUUGACGUGACGGAGCGUACGGCGCUGCACAGGCACGCGACAGGCCGGCAGUGCGCUCAUUGCAGAGGGGAGCUGAGGGACACCAUCGUGCACUUUGGUGAGAGAGGGACCCUGGAGCAGCCGUUAAACUGGAAAGGCGCAGCGGAGGCCGCAGACCAGGCUGAUCUCAUCCUCUGCCUCGGUUCCAGUCUGAAGGUCCUGAAGAAGUACGCGUGCUUGUGGUGCAUGAAGAAAGCGGCUGCUAAAAGACCGAAGCUAUACAUCGUCAACCUUCAGUGGACACCAAAAGAUGACUUGGCCACUCUGAAGAUACAUGGAAAGUGCGAUGAUGUGAUGCGUCUCCUGAUGGAAGAGUUGGGAGUUAAAAUUCCAAACUACAACAGAUCUGAGGAUCCUAUCUUCAGCUUGGCCACCCCUCUCAGACCGGAUGAAGCGGACAGUCACAGCCGUAAAACAUUAGCGCCCCCUGCUGCCCUGGAGCACUCUGAGUCCGAGUCAGCGAGUAAAUCUGAAGAGCCUGGAGUACAGGGUGGCUGGUUUGGGCGAGGUUACGCCAAAGCAAGAAAGAAAAGAAAAAGUACAUAGUGACGUGUAGUUUCACUUCAGGAUAGCACAGAUUUUGCUUUAAAGAAACAUUCCACCUACAAUCCAUAUUUGUAUCAUUGUACUGCAAACCCAGCUAUUUUGGUGUAUUAUUAUGAGACAAUUUGGUCAUCUGGAUGACUGAAUAUUCGUUACUUAGCAGUGCAGAUUUGCUCUCUGUGGAAAAAGCAGUGGGGUUUGUGUUCAUUUGUUAGGAUUAAAAAAAAAAACUGCCAAAAAAUGCAGUGAAUGAUGAUGGAAACGGACUUUUAAAGUCUCAAUUCUACUAGGCAUGUUCUCAUAUUCUUACUGCAGUACUUGGAAUAAUUUUUUCUUUUUAACAGGAAGAGGAAUUCAGGUAAAAUAACAAAACCAGCUUCAACCUCAGUAUCAAAGUGUCUCUGCUGUAAAUAAUCAGUUUUAAUGCUGUGUGGAAUGUUUAAGGGACUAAUUGCAUUAGGACUGUACCAGUUUUUCAGUAUUGGCCAGUCGCACCUUCUGUUCUUUCUCUCAGGUAUUAAGUAAAACUUGAUGCAUUCGGUUACACCCAGAAUCCAUGUUGAUGAGCUAAAUAAAGUCUUAUUCUGACUCCGGGAUGGUGGAGUUUUGUUUUACUUGCUCCACCAUAUCUAGUCUGUGCAAGGUCAGAAAAUUGGAGAAAUCUGUAGUGCAGAUUUUAUAGAAGGAGCUUGCUACUUUAAAAUUAUUUCUACAGACGAGGACAUUCAAUUUAAGUAUAAUGUACAAUAGCAGUCAUCUGUUAGGGUGCUUUCACACUUGGGCUUUUUCCUUCCUUCCUUCCUUCCUUCCUUCCUUCCACAGAGCAGGAGGUUCUGGAAAAUAUGCUCCCCUGGAAAAUAUUGAAAUUAGAGACUUCAGAUGGUGUAUUCUGGUGGCAUCUAGGGCUGAUUUAGGCACAAUUCAACAUUAUUAAAUUUGCUGGGGUUUUUUUUUGUCAAAUAUGCAAGGAGCAAAAUUUUAAAGGACAAAAUUAGAUUUGAAAUGAAAACACUGAAAAGUCAAUUUAGAGAAAUAUUUAAAUGAUAUACCACUUAACGCCAGCCCAUAUGGGAGAGAUAUAUUCCAUUCAGCUAGCAUGAUAUUGAACGAGUUGAAGAUGAGUAGCUGAAUGGAAUGUAUCUGAUGGACCAUGAAAAAAGCCAUUAUUAUUAUACAUACACACACUCCAUAUUAGCAUUCUUGAAGGCCAACGCAACAUGGGGCAGUUGUUACCUUCUAGCUGUUGUAGCAUUCAGCAGUAGCAUUAGCGAAGGUCAACGCGAGUUUACCCACGACUCGGUGCUGUUAGCGCGGCAGUUAAGUUACCUUCUAGCUGGUAUAGUGUUAGCGAAGGCCAAUGCUAGCACAGUCAAGCUGAAUAUGAUUAUUAUUAUUCUCUCUGUGUAAUUUACUUACUUUUUAAAUCAACAUCGACAACUACACACAACGGAGCGACUUGGCAGUCAAAAUUCUCUCAAAAUCUUCUGCGUUUAACAAAGCAAACCUGACAGCCAUGUUUGCUUACAAACGGUCAGUCACUCGCUAGCGCAGAAGUUUUCCAUCUCCGAAGUGUGUCUUCCAGUUUUUCGAUGUCCGUUGAUAUGUUUCUCUUGUCAAUAUGCGUGAAUUAUAUCUAAUAAUGUUUUGGUAGCCUUUCAGGUGUUCAGCGCAGCUUCAGUUUCAGUUUUUAGUUCAUUUAUUUAGUGCUUAAUUAUAGCAUAACUAAUCCUAGCAGUAGCACUGGAUUAGCCUCGUCUUCUCUCUCGGCCAACAAAGAAACGAUUCUGCGCAGCAGAAAAGCUCUGUCAUUGGAUCUUUGCGUGAGCACAGACAUGUGAUGUCGUGUUGUCUUGACAACAUGCAAUAUUAUAAUAAUAUUGCACACUCAUUCUCCAUUGAGGAGAAUCUAGCAGCUAAAAUUGGAAUAUUAGCAAUACGAAUGUCAACUACAGACCUGCAACCCAACAAGCAAAAGUCACACACAAAAGCCUGCAGGAUAGUGCCAGGAACAGAAUCGAGGUCAAAUCGCUCACCAGCGCCAUCUAGUGACCAGUGUUGAGAAUGUGGUUUUAUGUAUGGUUGUGAAUGGCAGUCAGUGCACGCAGCGAAACCCUUUUUCACUUCUGGGUUGAGUACCAGGAUAAUCUAGACCUAUAUUUUAUAAUAUCUUAUUUAUGUAGUUAUUACUCAUUUUCAGACGGGAAUAGGAGAUAUUUAGGUGUUGAAAGUACAAUGCAUUGUUCAGUUUAUAGUUUUUAUUUUUUGGUGUGCAAGUGCCAGUGUGGCAGAGCGCCGCGUAUCCGCACCUUGGGGAAAGCUCUGCAGGAUGUGUUUUACAUGCAAUCCUGUUGAAAGUGGCUGCAAGAUGGACCAAUGGAGAUCUUGCAUGUGACGUCACAGCCGAUCCAAAUUGUAACAGACGCCAUCUUGUCGGUCAAACGCCAUAUUUCCGCCUUCUACUUCUGGUUCUACUUCUGCUUCUACCUUUUCUUCUGGAAAACCCUACUAUAUACAAUUCUACUACAACGGCUGCGGCUACAAGCUCUCCCUACCUGUGCACGUUUUUUGUUUUUUGUGUGUAUUUUUGCGUGUUGUUCGUCUGUACCGGACUUCAAUAUCCACUACAACCGUAUGGACUUACUGGACAUUGGUUUUCAGCAGAAAAUGACGGUUUGUAGCGAUUUCCAUCGCAUGCACAACAUUCCGGACGAGAUAGCGAGACCAGCGGGGUCUCCGUGGAUUGUUAUCGGGUCUGGCAGGCGAAGGAGGCGGCGUCGGGAGAGGAAGCAAAAGUGAGGCUGCAGAGCCGGCCUGUUGACUAAGCUCAGAAAACAGCCACUCAAACCUCCACUGCCAAGCCUCUUCAACGCCAGAUCCAUGGUAAACAAGACGGACGAUUUGGAAUUACAGCUGGAAUUAUCUUAUUCUAUUCUAUAAUCGGCUGGUCAGUGCUAUACUAGAUACUACUGAUAUAUCUAGUAUCAGUACUAGUAAUACUUAAGUGACUUACCCGUCCAAUGAGGAUUGUUAUUUUCUUGUUUACAAGAUGCCACAUCUGAGGGCGGCUGAUAAAUCCUGAAUUUCUGUAAAGAUAACUGUCCAGAGAUUUAUAAGCACGCAGUGCUUCACCACUGAACAGCGAGGGAAAGUUAAUGAGGUAAUUUAUACAUGUCUGGGUAUUCCGCUGGCAGUUCAAUAUCCACUGACACGGUCGUGAAAACUAUGUCCGGUAAUCGAUAAGGGUCACUAAUCUGUAGGUCGUUUAUUUUAGACAUAUAUCUAAUUAUCUGUUCAUUAGAAAAAUGAGCCGUGUAGUCCGUUGGUUGAAAUUGAUCCGUUUUGUAUACGAGUGCAGCAGUAUUCAGCGGUGUUUUUUACCGACAAGAUGGCGGCUGUUUACAUUCCGGUCAUGUGACUGCAAGAUCUCUAUUGCCCAAUCUGAGCUAAAAUUGGGGGGGGGAGAAACAAAACAAAAAUUGUCAAAAAUCGGUGUUCGUGAAUUAGUAUAAGAUUUAACAUGUUGGAAAAUAUUUUGUCAAUAUUUCAACAUCACAGUUUAACUAUAAUGAACAAGGUGUCAAUUUGUGGGACGUUCAUUAGUACGUGAUGUGGCCAUCUACUUUAACUGAUGAUAGAUAAAUCCAAUCUAGACAGGACAAGACACUAUUUGGUUAGCCGGCAAGAGCAUCAUUAUAGUAAUACUCCAAGUGUGAAAACCAUCCUCGCAAUUGUCACUCGGUCAAAUUCUCAAUGUUAUUUGUGGCAGCAGACAAAUAUUAAUAGAAAUUAUUACACUUCAGAACAUUUAAUUUUUUUAAAUCGCUUUAGACCUGCAUUGCUCGUACCUUUUGGGUAGAACAAAAUUUGACUUCUACAGGUUUUGUAGUGCAGCACAUAGGUGAUAGAAAUUUCCAAAUGAGGUGCAUUUUAAUAAUAACUUAAGCUGUAUAUAUGACAUAUAUAUAUUUUAUUUUAAAAAUGGAGGACGGAGUGACUUCUUGAACAUCUUUAAUUCAGCAAUGACUCCAUCACUGUUCAUAACAAUGUGUUUACAUGAAUGAGCUCAGUUCAUGGCAUCGACUUAAAUUACUGUGGAAAUGUACUCAGCCUCGUAGAACUGAGAAUUACGUCUAUAGAGAGACUAAUACAGUCCUGUGCAGAAGUCUUGGGUAUGUGUAAAGAAAUGCUGAGGAUGGAAAAAAAAGUCUUAAAAAUAAUGAAAUGUUUCAACUUGGGGGGGAUACUGUAAAUAGCAGUAAGCCAUAAUAAAUCAAUAUAACAAAGUCAGUAUUUGGUGUGCGAUGACCCUUUUGGUUUAUAUAAAAAGCAGUCGUCUGAGGUCCAAUGAGUGCAGUUUGAUAAGGAAAUGAGCUGUAGGUUUUACUGAGCAUCUUCCAGAACCAGCCACAGUUCUUCUGGACACUUUGACCGUCUCACUCGCUUCUUCAUUUUGCACCAAAACCCAGCAGCCUUCAUUAUUAUUUUUAUUUAUUUAUAAAUCUGAAAAGUGCUCUGUUAUGGAACAUGCUGCUCAGAUACAAACUUUUUUUUUUCUUUUUCCUGUGCUGUGGAAACAACGAACGUUUGGAACUUUUGAAAUGUUUUUGUACUGACUUGAUAAUGUAGAAGUCAUAAAACAGAAAUCUAUAGAGUUUGUAUGGGAGGAGGGUGCCAAGACUUUUACAUAGUACUGUAUGUCUCAUGCGUUCGUUAUAUUUGCCUUAAUGUCACCAAGUACGUCUGUUUUGAAUUUUUUUUUAAUCAUUAAGAUUUUAACGAUACAGGGGGUUUUUUUUUUAGAUUUGUGUGUUGAAUUUGUACAGAUAGAACUAUUAUGAUUAAUGUACCUGUAACUUUUUUUUUUAGUGCUGUCAAAAUAAAA